UGGGAAGUGCUCUGCAGGAACAGGCACUCAGCACCUAAAGAGAGCCUGCACCAAGCCACUGGGGAGGAGCGGUGGCCCCAGCCCUGCAAGUGCGAGGCCUGAGAGUGAAGCUCAGCUGAAGAUGGAGCUAGCAACAGAGCCCAGGUUUUCUCAACUCCAGGAGGCUGCAAGAAAUGAGAUUGCAGGAGGAUCCUGUACAGCGGAGACCUGCAUCCUGAGUGAAAAUGAAGAGAAUGAGGCAGAGAGGGGCAUCCAGGAAGCUCUUGAGCAGGACAUGUUGCCUCAGCUGGCUGAAGCCCGAGGUCUGAACCGAAGGGCAGCCAGUCUGCAGAAGCCGCAGAGGGCAAGCUGCAAGAAACUGCCUCGCCAAGCAGGAGGCUCCAGGAAGCUAACUGCCCUUACUAAUGAUCAGAAAGCUCGCACCGACGAUAAACCCUUCAAAUGUACAGAGUGUGGGAAGGGCUUCAAAGGGAGCUCUACUCUCUUGAACCAUCUGAAAAUCCACACUGGAGAAAAUGCUUUUGAGUGUUUAGAGUGUGGAAAGAGCUUUAACAGGAAGGCCAACCUUGCAGUGCAUGAAAGAGUUCACAGAGGAGAGAGACCCUACAAAUGCCAAGAGUGUGAGAAGAGUUUUGGCCGUAGUUCAAAUCUUAUUGCUCACUAUAAAACCCAUGUGAAAAAGAAAGUCUUUUCUUGCGGCAUGUGCAGCAAAAGUUUCAGUGGAAACUCAGCUCUCUUCCAGCAUCAGAGAAUCCAUAUGGAUGAAAAGCCUUAUCGGUGUGAUGAGUGUGGAAAUAGCUUCUGUCUGUGCUCCAGCUUCAUCAAACAUCAAAAGAUUCAUUUGAGAGAGAGACCCAGUGAACGCAUAGCAGAUGCAAAUUGUUCUGAAUUUAUAUCUCCGCAUCAUAAAGAACAGCAGAGGCGUGACACACAGAAAUUUGAGAUGGGCCACUCCAAUCUCGUUUUUGAAGAGUUGAAGAAAAUGAGAGAAAACAUGGAUAUGUUGCUUCUGAAUCAGCAAAGUCAGCUGCAGGUCCUGCAAGAAAUUCAGAAACAGCUGAAUAUACUCCUCCCAGGCAACGAUCUCAUCAAUUCCAAUGUCUAUAGCUUAGGACUGCUGCUAGGACGACAGGCGGCUGCAAUGGCAUCUCUCUCUUUUCCCCUUCUUAAUCCUAGCAGUCUCCUUACUGAAAACACCCGUUUGUCUGCUCCUGAAAUUCUCUCUACCUCUCAGCUUGCAGGCUCACAGUUUCAUGCAACUUCUACAACUUCCUGAUCUGCUUUAUCUUAUGAAUGUAUCAAAUGUGAACAAAUGCAAGUACUGUUUUGUACUGUUUUACCAUCAAGCAUGUGAUUUUUCUGUUGUAACUGUGCAAUUGUACUGUUUUUUUGCGGGUGCUGGCCUUGUAUUCAGACUUUCAGCAUGUGCAUCACUUAUGUGCAUCAGCAAACAGAAGCUGUCAUUGUUUCAUUUCAAAACGCAUGGAUUUUGGAUAGAAAUAUAUUUUGUUAAGGCAGCUUAAGAGAUCUUCGUUGCUGAGGUAUGGUUAAAUAGAACAUCCAUAUAUGAUACUGUGUAAAACUUAAGUACUUAAGCAUAUUAUUCUAACAUGUAUUAGAUUUAACAUAUAUUUGGCUGCUUUUACCUUUUACCUGUUCUAGUGAGCUGGCAUUAACAAGAAGGUCAUCAGGAAUGUUUUAAGCAAUUCUUCUUAAGUCUGUUUUAUAUAGAAGUCUGUAACCAGUAGGUUUAUGUAAAAGUAUUUAGUCUAACACCACUUCUGUUCCAAGCAUCUGUUUAUAAAAUCUUCCUUAAUUCAAUGAGGCUUUAAAUUAGGUGAUCUUUACUGACUCUCAGGCCAGCAUCACUAAUAAAUCACAAAAAGGGUUGGGGGAUGAAAAAAAAGUGCUUGCAUUACUCACAUUUGCUUUGAUUGCCAGAAUUUCAUGAGGAAAAGGCAAUUCGAGUUAUAGAACAUUUGUUCAUUUCCUCAAAACUGUCCUUACUUGAAUCUAUUUUCAGAUACUCCAUCAUACCCUGCUGGGUUACUGCAUGUUGACUGUUACAUAUUUGUUAGAGAUAGAAUCAGUGGGGUAAAUAACUGCUGACUUAAGGGGACACUGAGAAGCUCAGAUGCCCCAUCUUGUAAAAUCUGCUAGAUGGAAUUGAUUUUUUUUUCCUGCCUGUGAAGGACUGGGACCUUUUAAGGUUAGUAACAAUAGUAUGUUGAGAAGGGUUAGCCCUUUUUAUCUUCUUGUUUCUUUCUGUGAUACAGACUAGUUGUUAUGUCAGCACCUUUGAACUUCCAGAGCACAACAAAGCUAAUUUUGAUUCACUUUUUUUGGAAAGCUGCUGGGAUAAGUAAACUUUGGGACUUGUGCCUGUACCAUUUUGAGCUUCUG